CGUGCUUCUCUUCGAAACAACCUCUUUUCUUCAAUCCCACCUAAAUGUUGCCUCCUAAGGAAGUCUUCCUCAACUCUCCAGGCAGACGGUGUCCCUUCCUGGGUGCCCAGGGUGCCCUGUUUGUGCCACUAAAUCAGCAGUGUUCACAGUGUGUGACUGUCCCCUCCACUCGUUCCCGCCCUGUGAGCUGGCCACGUGUCCUACUCAUAUUGCCUGGAGAGCCCGCACGCCUGCGGAGCCUCGAGAAAUAUUUGUCGGAUGAGUGACUGUCCUUCAUGACUGUGGAGUCUGGGGGUUCACUGAUUGAGGUAGGACAUGCCAGGAGAUGUAUUGGAGCUGUGUGUGUAGCCCCACCCAAGCCCUGGAGCUGGGAGGAUGAACUGGAGGCAGGGAGAUGGAUAACCUUGUGACCUCGUGUGGGUCUGAGAUGCGUCAGAUCAGGCUCUGAGGGAAGGUGGGUCCCUGAAGCUGGCUGAGUGCAUCUUAGGGAGCAAGCGAGUGUGAUGUCAUCCCAGGAAUGCAGUGAAGGCUCAGCCGUGCUGCAGGGGAACCUGUGAGGAUCACAACACUGGCUGCCGUGAUCGGAGGCACCGAGGAUGGGCAGGGAGGGGCCUGAGACCAGGGGGGCAGGGAGGGAAGGGCAGAGGAUUCUUGGGCCGGCCCAGAGGAGGUGCUGCUCUCUCCCCGGUUCUCCGCUGUCCGCAGCUGCUCCACGUCCCCAUCUCUGGAGUUGGCCCUUGUCCCGCUGCCAUCAGAGGGUCCCGCUGCCAUGACGGACACGCCAGUCGAGGAAUCCCUCUUCCAAAUCAUCCACAGCUACCACCAGUACGCGGCCCGGGAGGGGGACGUGGAGACCCUGUCCCUGGAGGAGCUGAAGGCCCUGCUCAGGGACAACGUGCCCCGCUUCAUGGAGAGCCUGGUGCGCGGGGCCUGGGGGCAGGGUCGGGAGAAGCCGUACUUCGUCACCGAGCUGUUCCGGGCAGCGGACAAGGACAAGGACAACCAGAUCUGCUUUGACGAGUUCCUGUACGUCCUGGGCCGGCUGCUGAGGGACUACCACCUGCAGUACCACCGGCAGCUGUGCGCCCACUACUGCGCCCGGCACAGCCUCUACUAGAGGGAGCGGGCAGCCCCCAGGCCUGCCCCAGGAGCCACGUGACCCAGCCGGGCAGCCGAGUGGAGCUCUGCUACGCGUGUCUGCAUGUGCCCGAUGUGUGUGUGCACGCAUGUACAUGGGUGUGGAAGGACACCCGGGAGGGAAGAGAAUAAAGCAACUUCGCAGCA